CCAGUUACAACUCGUCAACCCUAACCUCCAUCAUCCAGCUGUCAGAAAAUCUCCUUCUUUUAGUGUGAUUGUUUUUUGACCUUUAAUCUCCUCAAAACACUCCAAAAUGCGGGUUCUUGGAAGAUAUAUGAAAAUGCCAGCGAAGCCUCGCAAAAAGCCAAUGUCUUUGUCAGCUUUUAAGAAGAAGGUGGGCUGUAUGCUUGAUACAAUUUCUAAACUGGAAUCUACAGAGAGAACCGAAGCAUAUGGGUACCUUCAAAACUGUGUCAACGUUCUUGGUGUUCAUAAAUUGGGACUGAACCAAACUGAUAUAGCAAACCUUAUGGCCCGGCCAGAAAGUUCAACGUCGUCUAAGGAAGGUUUGCCCAAGGUAAAUCCACCUAAAGAAGUUGUGGAACCUAAGUUGAGCCCAAUAAAGGAGGUAAAACCCGUUCCAUCCACUUCCUCUUCAAUUCAAGUGUCAGUCAUAAGUAGAAAUGAACGAGCCAACGUAAUCAACUACAGCAAGAGUGAAAACCAUAGUACUCGAAAAGACAGUAGCCCUAAGUCUUUGGAGCCUCCCCAAAGUACAGAAUGUAGUACCUCAGUACCUUUGCAAAGUGGGAAUUACAUGAAAGAAAUUCACUCACAUUGCGAAAAUGUCAGAGAAACAGUGGUAUCAAGCACUAAAAUCCUUCAAAGCUCAGAACGUCUGGCCAUUCCCACAUAUUCUCCUGAUAUAAUUUCCACUCAAGACCAAGAAGAUGUUUCAAAAGAAAAGGGUUCUCUUAUUUCUUGUGUGGAAUGCGGAGCCAAGUUAAAAAGUAGACGGGCUAUGCUAGCUCACCUUGAUCGUCAUGUGCUGACUCCAAUAUCUUGUCGAGCUUGUCGAAGGAGUUUCAAUUGUUUAUCAGCUUUAAAAUUCCAUUUUGAGGAUUUUUGCACAAGCCAAAGUCUGGUUUGCCCACAGUGUGAAGAAGUUUUCUCAUGCCGCACACACUUUAACAACCAUGUGGAAGGACAUAAUCGAAACAAUUGCCAAAUGUGUCCCGCUUUGUUCACGAAUAGGAAAAACCUUGUUGUUCACAUGGCUGAUGCUCAUAAUGUAGUCAUGCUUGCAGAUGCCGCAUUUACUUGCUCUGUUCAGGGUUGUGAAAGACGAUUUGUGAAAAGAUCAACAUUGCAUCGUCAUCUUCAGCUUCGUCACACUUCUGAGGGGCAAUUAGUUUGUAUUACAUGUGGGGCAUUCUGUGAAGGGGAGGAUGAAUUCCGGUCUCACUCAGAAACUCAUAAGCAAUGGGCAUGUGGAGAGUGCUCAGAAAGCUUCACCCGGAGGCAGCAGUACCUUGUCCACAUGGCUAGCCAUGAGACAUCUAAAUACAAAUGUAUCACUUGUGAUCAAGUCCUUCCCACUAAAGCACGUGUUCUAGAACAUAGAAAAGAUGGACAUCAAGUUGAAGGACUUAGUGUAGACUUUGCAUGUGAUAAGUGUGAGGAACGAUUUCACACAUCUGCUGAACUCCGAGACCAUAGUCAUGUUCAUAAACCUCCAAAUUCCAUUUCAUGCAAAUACUGCCACAAAACAUUUUCAACCAAAAAAAUUUGUCUUAGCCAUAUGCGCAGUCAGCAUGGAGUUGUGGUGGAAAAUGGGACUGAGUCCAGCUUAAUUUGUGAUCAGUGUGGAAAGCAAUUUCGGUCUCCUAGUUUGUUGGCCAAACAUUUAAAAGGUGUUCACAAUGAGCAAGUUUUUAGCUGCAACUUUUGCAACCAUAAAACUAACAAGGAGGUGAAUAUGAGACGUCACCGUGCAUUACACACUUCACAAGAACAACAAUUUGUUUGUGAUCAGUGUGGUGCUUCCUUUCAGGCUCUAAGUAAUUUGAAAGAUCAUAAUUUGUUCGUUCAUUCUGAUGAGAGGAAUGUUGAAUGUAAUGUGUGCCACAAGUUAUUUAAGAGAAAAAAUGAUCUUAGAAGACACCAACGCUCCCAUUCUGAUGACCGCAAAUAUGUUUGCCACUGUAAGCAAGCUUACAAAUUUAUGUCUCACUUGCGUCGCCAUCAAGAGGCAGCUCAUAAAACUGUGACAGCAAGCAGAAUUGUGCAGCGCCUUGUCAAAGAUUCCAGUGGUAAUCUUAUGGAAAAACCCAAACCAACAAAAGCAAAGAAGCUCAACAAAGAUAAAAAGCAUAGAACUGAAAGAAUUGAUAUUGUAGAAGCUCAGGAACAAUAUGUAGAUGAGCCAGUAACUCCUGUUCAACAUGAUGAGACAAGAGUUCAGUUAAUUUCAGUUAACGAAGACGAUCAAGUGGUGGCGAUGUCUGUAUCUGAUCUUCCAAUAGCUGAUCAGCAUGUCGAUCCCUACAGCCUACCGGUUGCCUAUGAUGGUUUGAGUUACUCUGACCCAAAAGCGCAACUGGUAUACACCACACCACCCCCAGGCGCUCAUGUCAUGUCACUUCAGCUUCCCCAGUUUGAGUUGGUGGAGCCAAUGUCUUAUGAGACGGAUACUGUCAUGGAUAUGAGCACCACAUCACAUGCAGACUUAAAUAAUCAUCAUAGUUCAAUGCUCAUGAGUAUAACAUCCAGUGAACCUUCUUCUCAGCACCAGCCUGUUAUGACUCUCAUCACAGGCCUUGAGCACAAUUCCCUAUUCACCACACAGGCUGAUAUAGGCACAAUGACUGAGCACAGCAAUGUAUAUUCAGAAAGUUUACUGCAUCAUGCUCAUGGCACAGUUUCUCAUGUGAAAUCUGUUGAUAGUUAUUCUCAGGCUCAUAUUUUGGAUCCUAAAACUAGUCAAGCUGAUAUCAGUACUAUGACUGAUAUGUACAGUGUUUAUGAAGCACCAGCGAAUUUGUGUGUAAAUCAACAUCAACACCACCAACAUCAUACACACCAUGAACUCCCACCUCUAAAUUAUCCCUUAGAUCCUUGCCACAGCAUUCUACUGCCUACUGACCAGACUUGGCAUAUUCAUCCGGAGGCUUCAAAUCUUGCACAGUACUCCACCUGCUAGUUUUUUGAAUGUAUUUUCUUUUAGAGAAAAACAAAAUGUGAGAGUUUUGGUAAAUCAAUAACAAUCAUGAGAAAAACAGAAAUAUUAUGUUAACUGGAAUUCCCUGUACAGUUUUCUGAAUAAUAAAUAUCAUUGGUCUUUAAA